CCAAUUGCAAUGGAGAAUUAACAGUCGAGACCAACAGACAAAAAUAUAAGUCUGCAUCAGCCAUGCUUCCCUCUCUUGGAUUAGGAUUGCUCCUGUUGGGUCCUGUCUAUGGUGUAAAUAUACUUGGUGGCAGUCCUCUGGCGACUGACGAGCCUCCGUUUGAGAAGCUUGACCACAAUGUUCAGCCUGAUGAAAGAUGGGGAGCUGCUGGUCAGCGUCCUUAUCCUACCAAUGCCUGGUGGACCAACCUAGUAUUUGGAUCUGGUGAAAACUUAGCAAAUCCUAUGCCUUAUCAAGUAAAAACUCUUGAUGAUGGUGUUCAUGUAUCAUUCUCGAACAAGGUUGUUGAGGCAAAAUACAUUUUCAUGGCAUUUGUACCAAAUAUUAUCAUUACUGCAAUGGAAGGGAUGGGAUCCAGAGUCUUGAGUGCAUGGGAUCCCCUGUCUGUAACAAUGGCCUAUGACAAAGUUGAAUUCCCAUUUGUCCGAGGAUCUCCAUAUAUUACAGCAAAGUAUUCUGGUAAAACUCCUAUUCUGGCAAGUACACAUGCUGUUAUCAGCGUGAAUGGUGAGGCAGUUGGAAGCCAGAUCACUGGGAACAAGUUUGAUGUUGAUUUGAAUAACGGCCAGCACUGGAUGGUAUAUACAAGUUCAGAUGUUAGCUUUUACGUCAACAGUGACAGCCUUUCAGCAUCUGGACCAUUUACUGGAACUCUCCGAGUUGCUUGUGUUCCCCCAGGAGAGAACUCUGCUGACCUAGAUGCUCAUGCCGGGUCUAUACCCAUUGGAGGAGAGGUGACAGCUGAAUCUGCUGGAGAUACUGCAACUAUCACAUUUACCUGGAAACUGGAAGGAUCCGGAGAACCUCUCAUCAUGGCUCUGCCUCAUCAUAUGGAUAUCCUACAAUCACCUCAAACUGGUGGAAUCAGGUACAAUACCAUCAAGGGAGAUAUGACUGGAAUAAUAGGCUCUGUGUGGAAAAUGACUGAAAGAUUAACAUCUAUACAGUGGGAUGCACCAAGAGGAGUUGCACCUAAAUAUCUGGAUGCUGUUAGAGAUGCUUUGAAAGCAGAUAUCGGAAUUCAAGUUGUUGCUGGGGAUCCAUACUUUGGGGGAAAGGAAAUGGGAACCCUUGCCCGUCUUGCCUUGAUUGCUGAUGAACUGGGAGAAACUGAGUUGGCAGCCACCUAUCGAGAGAAUAUUAAGAAGGCCAUGGAACCCUGGCUAGCAGGAACAAAUUCAGAUCAUUUCACGUAUGAUCAAACCUGGGGUGGUCUUAUAACCAUCAAUGCAAUGAAUGACGGGGGUGCCGAUUUUGGACAGGGGUUGUAUAAUGAUCAUCAUUUUCACUACGGAUACUUCAUGUACGCAGCUGGUGUUGUUGCGAAGGCUGAUCCUGCAUGGGCUGAGAAAUGGCGAAUUCCACUUUUUCAUAUUCUUCGAGAUAUUGCAGAUCCAUCUGGAGCUGAUCCGCAUUAUACCCUUGCCAGGUGCAAGGAUUGGUAUAUGGGACACUCCUGGGCCAGUGGGAUCACAGAGUUUGGAGACGGACAUAAUCAGGAGUCUACCUCUGAGUCAGUGAAUGGAUGGUAUGGAGUUUAUCUUUUUGGAUUAGGUAUUGGAGAUCAACGUAUCAAGGAUCUUGGACGCCUACUGAUGGCAACAGAAAUAAGGUCUACGCAUAAGUACUGGCAGAUGACAAGUUCAGAUUCUAUCUAUCCAGAACCAUUUGCAAGCAACAAGGUGGUAGGUAUUGUCUGGAGUACUAAGGUCGACUAUGGGACCUGGUUUGGAGCUAAUGUAGAGUUUAUCCACUGUAUCCAGAUGCUUCCUUUUACACCCAUCUCAGAGGAGGUUCUCAGGAAGGAAUGGAUCAAUGAAGAGUACAGUGUACUGUCUCCUGCUAUAUCUAGUUCUGGCGAAGGUUGGAAAGGAUUUAUCUACAUGGCACACGCGGUGAUUGAUACAGCAGCAGCGUGGGCAGAGGUCAACUCUCUGACUGGGUUUGAUGAUGGAAACUCUAAGACAAAUGCUUUACAUUGGGUUGCAACUAGAGAAGGUGCCUGGCAGUAGAAUUGGUUCAUUUUAGCAUUUUUAAUUAAUAAGAAAUAAAAUCUUAAUUCUUUUG